AUGCCGCCGAAGACGGCGCAGGAGCUUCAGGCGGAGAGGCUGAAGCAGAAAGGCAACGAGUACUUCAACAAAGGGUUUCUCGGAGCAGCUAUAGACGCGUACACGGAGGCCAUCACCUUUGCCCCAGGCGUGCCAGUGUACUGGACCAACCGAGCUCUGUGCCAGAGAAGAAAAUGUGAUUGGCCGAGAGUAGAGCAUGACUGCACAAAGGCUCUGGAACUGGACAGAAAUUCCGUCAAGGCGCGCUUUCUUCUUGGUCUUGCUCUGGUGGAGUUGAGUCGAUUCCCAGAGGCGAUCAGAGAGCUGGAGAAGGCCCUGGAAGCACUGAGGAACGAUACCCGGUUGGUGCGCAGUGACAACCUGGACGACAUCUGGAGAGUGCUUGCUUCUGCCAAAUACCGGCGGUGGGAGGAGGAGGCCAAGGCGAGAAGGGAGAAGCAGCGAGCGCUAGGGGAGGAGCUGAAGCUUCUGCUGAAGAACCGCCUCGGCCAACAAGUAUCGCAGCUUCUUGGCAAAGAGGGCGCUCUGAAUGGAUCCGCCUCCAUGGACUUCUCCAGCCUGGGCAGCAUAGACGGUCUGGACCCUCGCAGGGCAGAGCAGGUGAAGACACUUGUGCAGCAGUACCAGGAGCGACUCAACACGCUGGAGAACGUGUUUGACAAGGCGGGGGCGCCAGACAGACCCACCGAGGUGCCAGACUUUUUGUGCUGCAAGAUCACAAUGGAUAUCUUCAAGGACCCAGUCAUCACCCCCAGUGGCGUGACAUACGAACGAGCAGUGCUGGUCGACCAUCUGAAGUCUGGCAAGCAGUUUGACCCGGUGACAAGGGCCCCAUUGACGCCAGAGCAGCUGGUGCCGAACCUGGCACUCAGAGAAACAGUGCAACACUUUCUAGAUGAACAUGGGUGGGCUUAUAAUUCGCAAUAA